AAAUAGCCUACAAUAUACUCGUGGGAGUUGGUAAACAAGAGCAUGUGUGGAUUUUGUGCGCACGCGUAUCUAAUUAAAGUUCCACAGAAAUAUUCUUAUGGCCUAUUUACUUAGCACCAAGUGACAGAGCCUAACGCUUUCAAUGAACUUUCUUCAUAUGUCUGCUAAAAGAUUUCAAAAUACAAAGAAGAGAUAUUGUCAAAAUGGCUGAAUCUAUUGGUGGCACCAAUGCAUUACCACUUAGCAAGAAAACGAGGAAACGUCCAACAACUGAACUGCCUUUAAAAUUAGAUGCAAAGUUACCCCAAAAGCAUAAUGUUAAAGAAAAAGCUUCUGAACAGGAAAUACCUACAGAAUCAUCAGACAGUUCCAUUUCUGAUGAAGAUGGAUUGGAUUACCAUAGUUCAGAAAGUUCUGAGAGUUCUGAAUCUUCAGCCUCUUCAAAACAUUUGCCUGGUCCUGAAGAUGGUUCAGAAUCAUCAGAAGAAACAGAUAGUUCAGAUUGUUCUGACAGCUCAGACAAUUCCAAUAGUUCAUCUGAAUCGGAUAUCGAGGAAUUAAUCAAAAGGAUAAAGUCAAAUCGUACACAUAUUGAAGAAUUCAAUAAGGGCAUUUUAAACAAGAAUAGUCCAGAUACGACCAAGAAUCUUCCCUUAUUUAGUCACACAAUAUGUAACCCCUUACUUCAUAAAAAGGGUAGUUUAAGUGAAACCAAAAAGAAAAGAAGAAGCAGAAGUCAAAUGGAAAAAUUGGCAGAAUCUUAAUUUUUUUUGGUUUUAAUCAUGGCUUCUAGUUUUAAUUCAAAGCAGUUAAAGUUUAGUGUUUUUACCAAAUUUCUUAUUUAUGUGCCUUUGUGAACUAAGAUUACAAUGAAUUAAUCAUAUAUUUUUGCUAGGUCCUCCUUUUAAUAGUUGAACAAGUCUUCUGCCUAAAUCUCACAGAGAAUAAUGUGAAAACUCUAGCUAAACAGAUAUUCCUGUAAUAUCUCUUGAGUAGUUAGCUAAAACUGAAAAUCUGGGUUGUUGUCAUGGAAACAUGAAUUAAAAGCCUUCCCAUAUAAAACAGCAUAUUCAUAGCAAUGAAACAUUUAUAAAACAGUUUCAACAACGAACAUUUUGCAGCCCAAAGAUCAUACAAUGAAGUCUCACCCCUUUGGGUACAAGACAUUUUGGCACAGCUGUAUUGGCGGCGCCUGUUUGGCAUCCCUGAUUUGAUGCUGGCUUAUUUAACAUCAGAUGUUUCAAUGUCUCUCCUUCCUCCUCUGCUCUCUCUCUUUCUCUCUCUUUAGGUAUGUAUCUUUCUUUAUCUUUUCUUUUUUAUUUGUUUCAAUCCUUAGACUGUGGCCAUACUGGGGCAUCACCUCAAACAAUUUAAAGUAAAACAAAUUGACUCCAGUACUUUUUUUUUAAAAGUUUGGUACUUAUUCUAUCAGUCUCUUUUGCCAAAAUGCUAAGUUAUGGGGAUGUAGACAUGCCAGCACUGGUUGUCAAACAGUGUUAGCAUUCUCCAGAGAAGUUCCCUGGCAACUGUACAACAUUUCAACUGUCUAUUAUAAAAUAUCAACUAAUAUUAUAAAAUAUGAGCAUAUAUUAUAUUUAAAGACCAUGUGAAGUAUAUAUGUAAUUACUACAUGCAAGCACCACAUGAACGAUUAUGGACAUUUGAUAUAAAUGACAAAUUGUAUUUAUUUAUAAUAAAAAUUAUAUUUCAACAUUA